AUGAAACGAGGAACCUUCAAGGCCUAUGUUAAUGACGAAAUAGAACGUAUCGAUGCGGACUUCCUCAACAACUACCCUAACAAAGAUGACAGACGCCUUUUAGCAUACAAUCCUCGAGCGCUCGCAGAUUUUUCACUCGACCGCUGCUCAGAAGGCGAUGAUGAAGAGCGGCAACAACUUCUGGACUGGCAUUUAUUCAAAGACUUGGCUCGCACCACAUCCUACGAAGAAAGCCCUCCGGACCCAGACGAUCCCGAACUCACCUUUAGCCUUGAAGAUGCUCCAGAAAGUAGUGAAGGUGACUUAAGGCACUAUAGUUUAGCAAAACGAUAUGAAGAUUUCGACCUGAACAAUGCUGUAUACCCUUCCAUUACACGUUUCUACAACGAAAUGAAGCAGGCAUUAGAUGCCCAGCUCGUGAAUAAGCCUCAUGAAUUCAAUAAUAUUGAUCUACUGGCUUUGGAUAAGCACAUUAUACUGGAUGUGAUUGAAUUCAACGGAGAUUUCGAAAACGGAUUUGUUGACUAUGUACCGACAAACGCAAACUUCUUCAAUAGAGGAUGCCCCAGCUAUUUUAUUAUGGAAGCCGACAUACUUGAUCCAAAUCUUCGUCAACAGCAAAAUUAUGGAUUCCAUUGA